UUCGGCUGCGGCGCGUCGCUCGUCGCGCCGAACAAGAUGUUGUCCGCGGCGCACUGCGACUUGAAGGUGCGUUACAGCUGGGCCGAGGCGGCUGCCGUCAACUGGCACGACAGGACGCUGACGAACGACGCGCGCGCGGAGUUCAUAAAGAUCGCGCGCGUGGAGCAUCACCCGCUGUACGACGCGGACACGCUCGCGUACGACUUGGCGAUCGUCACGCUGGAGGAGGACAGCGCGAUCGCGCCGGCGACGCUCGACUUCGACGCCGUCGGGGAGGACCUCGUCGUCAUGGGCUGGGGCGCCACCUCCUCGGGCGGGACGACGUCGACGGAUUUGCUCGAGGUGACGGUCCCCGCGGUGAGUCACUCGGACUGCUCGACGAACUACGGCGACUCGAUCAGGAGAGAGACGAUGUUUUGCGCGGGGCGGACGGGGAAGGAUUCGUGCCAAGGCGACAGCGGCGGGCCCAUCGUGCGGAAGUCGGAUCAGAGGCAGGUCGGCGUCGUGUCGUGGGGCAUCGGCUGCGCGUGGUCGGGGUACCCCGGGGUGUAUUCGCGCGUGUCCGUCGCGAGAGCGUGGCUG